AUGGGGUCGGUGAACGUGAACCGGAACGUCGCGGACGCCUUCUACCGGUACAAGAUGCCGCGGAUCUGCGCCAAGGUCGAGGGCAAGGGGAACGGCAUCAAGACGGUCAUCGUCAACAUGCCCGAGGUGGCCAAGGCGCUCGGCAGACCGGCCACGUACCCGACCAAGUACUUCGGUUGCGAGCUGGGCGCCCAGACUCAGUUCGACUUCAAGAACGAGCGCUUCAUAGUGAACGGAAGCCAUGACUCCGCCAAGCUGCAAGACUUACUGGACGGCUUCAUCCGCAAGUUUGUUCUAUGCCCGGAGUGCGACAACCCUGAAACGGAGCUGAUCGUGUCCACCAAGAGGAACACCAUCUCGCAGGGCUGCAAGGCGUGCGGCUACCACGGCACCUUGGACUUCAACCACAAGCUGAACACGUUCAUACUCAAGAACCCGCCCGCCGCCGACCCCGCCGUGCAGGGUUCGUCUCUGACGGAGGGUAACCGCGGCAAGAGGUCCAAAAGAAGCGGUCCGGCUAACGGGAACCACGACGGGGAACAACACGACGCUAAGAAUGAGGGAGAAGCUCCGGUGACGCCCACAGCUCCUCAACCGAAGAGCAAGAAGGAAAAGAAGAAGGCCGAGGAUGAUGAUGACGACGGAAACUGGACCGUGGACGUGAGCGAGGAGGCUGUUAGGGCCAGGAUGCAAGAUCUAACGGAAGGCGCCAAGAGUAUGACGUUAUCUGAGGACAGCGAAAAGAACGAAAAGCAGAGGAUGGAUCUGUUCUAUGCGUUCCUGAAACAACGAGCUGACGCGGGAGACGUGGAGGGAAACAGGGCUAUCAGCGAUAUACUGCACGAAGUCGAUAGACUGGACGUGAAAUCAAAGGCGUUGUUGGUCGCGUUCGAAGUACUGGUCGGCGCGAACACGCUAGCGGCCGACGUAAAGAAGCACCGCAUGCUGCUCAUACGACUUGCGCGUGCGGAUGCCAAGGCUCCCCGCGCCGCGCUGCACGCGCUCACCGCCCUCGCGCAUACCAGCCCCGCGCUGCUACAGCGUGUGCCGGCCGUUUUAAAGCUGCUUUACGAUCUAGACAUUGUGGAGGAGAAGACGAUCCUCGAAUGGGCCGCCAAGCCGUCAAAGAAGUACGCGCCGCGGGAGACAGUGGCCGACGUGGUGAGGCGCGCGCAGCCCUUCAUAGACUGGCUGCAACAGGCCGAUGAGGAAGAUUCCAGCUCGCAGGAGGAAGAUAUUGAGAUCCAGUAUGACGACCGCGCUAAGGCGACUCCCAUCAAGGCGGUGGUGGCGCCCUCUGCCCCGCGACAGAAGCCCGAGGAAGAUGACAUCGACGUGGACAUAGACGCCAUCUAG